AUGAUUGUUGUCACCGGUGGCGCCGGCUUUGUCGGUUCAAAUAUUAUCAAGGAGUUAAACAACCGUGGCGUAACCAAUAUCGUGGUCGUCGACGACAUGACUGAUGGAUCGAAGUUCCGCAACUUGGUCCACUGCAAAGUGGCUGACUACAUCGACGCAACUGCCUUCCGAGAAGCGAUUCGGACUAAAACUUUCCCUCAUCGUCCCCGCGUCAUCUUCCACUAUGGCGCAAGCUCUUCGAUCACCGAGACCAACGGCAAGAAAAUGCUCGACGCCAACUUCACCUACUCCAAGGAGCUCUUCCAUUGGUGCAAGGACCAGGGAGUUCGCUUCAUCUACGCCUCAUCCGCUGCUGUUUAUGGAAGCAACACUUCCUUCGCCGAGGAAGACUUCCAAGAAGCCCCUCUGAACGUCUACGGAUACUCAAAGAUGCUAUUCGAUCAGUAUGUCGUCAAGAGCACCGACAUUCGCUCUCCCCAAGUCGCGGGACUCCGCCUGUUCAACGUCUAUGGACCCGGAGAACAGAACCGCGAUACAGUCCCCAGCACCGUGUAUCAAUUCUACGAAAAGCGGAAAUCUUUCAAAGCCAUUGAGCUAUUUGGAGAAUACGCUGGGGUCGAAGCUGGUCAGCAGAAGCGCGAUUUUGUCCACGUCCAGGACGUCGCCCGUCUGAACUGCUGGUUCCUUGACCACCCGGAGAUCAGUGGUAUUUACAAUGUUGGCACUGGUAUCGCCAGCAGCUUCAAUGAUGUGGCCACUGAAGUUGCUAGCCAUUUCGGCAACCCCGAGGGUUACAUCAAAUUCGUUCCCUUCCCAGCCGAAUUGAAAGGAAAAUACCAGAGCUACACUUGCGCUGAUAUCUCGAAGCUUCGUCGAGCUGGCUCUGUGCUGCGUUUCCGUGGUAUCAAGGAGGGAAUUAAGGAUUACAUGGAGUGGCUUGAAAGUCCUGAGGGUUUGCACCGCUAA